CUGGGUAUAAACUUAGUUUUCAAGGUACAUAUUUGUUUCCAAAUAAGCAUAAUUCAUUACAAAAGAGUCUCGAAGAUUUAUGCUAUUGUAAAACUAAAAACCUAUAUUUGUAAUUAGAGAUGAAUCGAUCAAGGAGGGAUCCUCGUCCUCCGGUUUAUCUCACGAGUGAAGAAAUAGAGGAAUGCUGUAUGCUGCCACCUGAUUCGAGUGACGAUGAUAGUGCAGACGACAGUGACGCCGACCCAGACCUUGCCCACACAAACCGACUGGAAAGAUUUAUGCAAUCUAAAUACAAUAAUGACGAAGAAAUGAACUCCGAAGAAGACAACUUAGCAGAAAUUCGAAAUGAAACCUCAAGUCAAGCAGAAGAGGAAGAACCGUCUACUUCUACGCAGGCACCAAGGAAGACCAACAAAAAUAAGCCUCCACCCCCCUUUGGACAAAUGUGGAUACUGCCGAAAGUGUAA